AUGUCAUCCACUGAGAAGAAAGAGUCCAGUAACUCCCGGACAGAGGGCAGUAGGACCAACAGCAGCAGCCAGAGGAGGAAGCGCAGACGCAGUAGAAGCCGUUCGUCCUCUUCAUCGUGCUCCUCUUCCUCGUCUUCUUCCUCCUCCUCGUCUUCUUCCUCUUCCUCGUCUUCCUCCUCUGCUCAGCGCUCCAGCAGCAGCAGACGCAGCAGGUCCAGCAGCAGCAGCAGUAGUCCUGACUCCCGGAAGGGGGAAGAGAGGAGACGAGAGGAGGAAGAGAGGAGACGAGAGGAGGAAGAGAGGAGACGAGAGGGGGAAGAGAGGAGACGAGAGGGGGAAGAGAGGAGAGACGAGAGGGGGGAAGAGAGGAGACGAGAGGGGGAAGAGAGGAGACGAGAGGGGGAAGAGAGGAGACGAGAGGGGGAAGAGAGGAGACGAGAGGGGGAAGAGAGGAGACGAGAGGGGGAAGAGAGGAGACGAGAGGAGGAAGAGAGGAGACGAGAGGGGAAGAGAGGGAGACGAGAGGGGAAGAGAGGAGACGAGAGGAGGAAGAGAGAGAGAGGAGACGAGGGGGAAGAGAGGAGACGAGAGGGGAAGAGAGGAGACGAGAGGGGGAAGAGAGGAGACGAGAGGGGGAAGAGAGGAGACGAGAGGGGGAAGAGAGGAGACGAGAGGGGGAAGAGAGGAGAGGGGAGAGGAGGAAGAGGAGGAGAGAGAGGAGGAAGAGAGGAGACGAGAGGGGGAAGAGAGGAGACGAGAGGGGGAAGAGAGGAGACGAGGGGGGGAAGAGAGGAGACGAGAGGGGGAAGAGAGGAGACGAGAGGGGGAAGAGAGGAGACGAGAGGAGGAAGAGAGGAGACGAGAGGGGAAGAGAGGAGACGAGAGGGGAAGAGAGGAGACGAGAGGGGAGGGGAGACGAGAGGGGAAGAGGAGGGAAGAGAGGAGGAAGAGAGGAGGACGAGAGGGGAAGAGAGGAGACGAGAGGGGGAAGAGAGGAGACGAGAGGGGGAGAGAGAGAGAGGACGAGAGGGGGAGAGAGAGGGACGAGGGGAGACGAGAGGGGAGAGAGAGGGAGAGAGAGGGGACGAGAGGGGAAGAGAGGAGACGAGAGGGGAAGAGAGGAGACGAGAGGAGGAAGAGAGGAGACGAGAGGGGGAAGAGAGGAGACGAGAGGGGAAGAGAGGAGACGAGAGGGGGAAGAGAGGAGACGAGAGGGGGAAGAGAGGAGACGAGAGGGGGAAGAGAGGAGACGAGAGGGGGAAGAGAGGAGACGAGAGGGGGAAGAGAGGAGACGAGAGGGGGAAGAGAGGAGACGAGAGGAGGAAGAGAGGAGACGAGAGGGGGAAGAGAGGAGACGAGGGGGAAGAGAGGAGACGAAGGGGGAAGAGAGGAGACGAGAGGAGGAAGAGAGGAGACGAGAGGAGGAAGAGAGGAGACGAGAGGAGGAAGAGAGGAGACGAGAGGAGGAAGAGAGGAGACGAGAGGGGGAAGAGAGGAGACGAGAGGAGGAAGAGAGGAGACGAGAGGGGAAGAGAGGAGACGAGAGGGGGAAGAGAGGAGACGAGAGGAGGGGAAGAGAGAGGAGAGAGAGAGGAGGAGGGGAAGAGAGGAGACGAGAGGGGGAAGAGAGGAGACGAGAGGAGGAAGAGAGGAGACGAGAGGGGGAAACAGUGA